CAGGAGAAAAUGCUGUGAAGGAUUCAGGUUUGUGAUGGGCCAGUGCAUACCUGAAAGUGUGGAUGUGUGCGCGGCGUCGCCCUGCGAGCAGCAGUGCACCGACAACUUUGGACGAGUUGUCUGCACGUGUUACCCCGGCUAUCGCUUCGACAGAGAAAGACACCGCAGCCACAAAUCCCCUUACUGCCUGGACAUCGAUGAGUGUGCGGUGUCAGGCAGCAGCGUGUGUGACCACGAGUGUGUGAACACGGUGGGCAGCUUCUUGUGUCGCUGCCGUAGCGGAUACAUACUGGCACCAGACCAGCGCUCCUGCAUCCCCGUACACAACCUGAGUUCAUCGGGGAAGUCGGACACUUUGAUGAGUGCUGGUACCUGCUCAUUCACCUGUCAGGAUUUUAUGAACAUGAAAAACAAUCUGCUCCAGUUAAAGCUCAGGCUGGGAAACACACAGUCACCCAACCAGGUACCUGGCCUGGCCAACAGCAGUGAUAAACCCUCUCUAGGACGAGCAGGAAAAAGUCCUGAUAGCCAGGGUCUUCCAGGUCUACCCGGCCCUCCAGGAGCUCCUGGGGUCCCAGGACACCCAGGAGAACCAGGAAAGAGAGGGGACCCAGGGGAGAGGGGCCCUCCUGGCCCUCGGGGUCCACGGGGAGACAUGGGACCCAUGGGUCCAGAGCCUGAUCUGAAGCAUAUCAAGAGAGGCCGCAGGGGGCCAGUGGGACCACCCGGAGCACCAGGAAGAGAUGGAUUAAAGGGUGACAGAGGAGCUUCAGGUCCCAGAGGUCCACCAGGACCACCCGGAUCCUUCGACUUCCUUCUGCUAAUGAUGGCCGACAUCCGCAAUGACAUCAUUGAGCUGCAGGAGAAGGUGUUUGGGGAGCGGCGGGGCAUCUCUCUGGACACUCCUCCUCAUUCCAGCGGAGAAGUGGAUUUUGUAGAGUGGGGCUCUGGACAAGGAGAUCUCAUGCUCAAAACCUGACCUCUGACAUCCCGCUCAGAGUGACAGUCACUUGAACCCAGCAAAAAAACCAACAUCAAACCUGACUCCUUGUUUUGUUGAUAACUGGUAUCGACAUGUACAUAAUUCUGAACCUCACAGCUGGGACAAACAGGGCGAUGACUGAAUGAAUGAAUGAACUCUCAACAAUGCUACAGACAGUAAAAACCAAGAGAUGCGAUCUCUCUUAACCACUGCAAGCACUGUUUUGCUGCCUUUCAUAUGCCGUGGAUGUGAGUGAGGGAUGUGCGUGCAGGACAAAGAGUGAGAAAGAUGCAGCGUGAGCCUUUGUGUCUGUGUCUUUGAGCUGUGCCUCUGAGCUGAACCACUUCAAACGUCGAACUUUAUCGUCUACAUCUUUUCCUGUUCCUGAGUCUGUCCAUGGAAGCUCUGCUGUGCCACUGACAGUUUGCCUGCAGGGCACUGGUGUAAAGACCCGGGACCUGCACGGUUAGCCUCCCCUGCACCUGUCUGCUGAAGUCUGAGCUGUGCAGCUACUCUCUGAGGCACCUUCAGAAACCAAUUCAUGGGAUUCAUGAGUGUGGUAUUGUUGGAAUUGUACAAUUAAAGAGCUCAACUUCAAUUCUGAUUAAAAAAUAAAACAAUAAAUAAGUACAGUUUGCUGCUUGGAAAGUAUAUGCAGUAAUAGAUAUUAUAGGAAAUGGUUUUAGAAAAGAAAAUUUAGUUGGAUUUACACAGUGGGAAAGGCCUAAAAUCACUUUUAUAACUCAUAUAUUGUCACCAAGUUGAGAACAUAGAGUGUUGCACAUAUUCUCAUACUUACAGCUGGCAGACCUGACGGAGGAUGCUCGAGUCUUUUUUUUUCUUCUAAAAAGCAACUACCAAGAGGGGCUAGGUUUCUCAAUAAAGGCUUGUCUAAAUGUGG